AAAUUACAGUUCCCAGAAUUUCAUAGUAUUGAGCCAUGGCAAUUAAAGUGGUGUUGAACUGGAUUAUUUUUGUGAUGCACCAUUAGCAAGUAUUAAGGUUGCCAGUUUCCAUACUGAAACAUCUUUUCCAGUACUGUACAUGCAGCUUCUUCCUUCACUGUUUGUGUUCCCUGUCUUAUGCAUUGGGUAUACUGCCAGUGUGAGCCUGCUGUCCUUGGAGAGAGAAGGUGAUAUCUAAGUUCUGGGCCAAAUUUAUUUUCUCUCAAGUCCACCAGAAUUGUAUGUCAUCAGUGUUUGCUGCACAAGAGGAGGGUACUUUUUAUGUUUUGCCAGGUUCACCAACUUUAUUUUGCCAAAUUUAAUUUGAUGUUUUAAUUUUAGGAAAUAAUUUCUAGUUGAAAGUUGAGUGGGAAGUAUUCUCUAAAAUUUUUCUUUAAGAAUAACUGUGACAGCCUUUACAUUUUAAACUCUAGUAUUCAAGAAAGAAAAUCACCUCCUGUAAAUGAUGAUGUUUUCAACUGUGGGCUUUCAAGAUAAUUGAUUGUAUCAUGUAUUUUUAGAAAUCUCUGAUAGCUGGGAAUGGUAUUUAGAACCAUGGGUUGAAUUCUCUGAUUUGGGAGUCAGAUAAGUUCUGCUGAUAAUAGAGGAAAGGGGAAAGGUGAACAGUUUUUACUGAUUCUUCCUUUCUGCUGGAGCUCUAGAACAAUGUGAGAUAUGGUGUUGAAAAAUACAAAAGGAUAAUACAAUUUCUCCAGUGGGAGAUACUGAAUUCAUUCAUGCUUGGAAUGAGCCAUUGAAUUAAUGUUUUUACAAUUUUACAAUUCUAGGUACAGUUUAGUGUAAUAUUUAGACUAACAUGAAGUUGGUAAAUAAAAGUAUAAACAGGCCUAAUGGUUCAUUUUGUUUUUCUGUUUCCUAUAAGUUUCCUUUGAAAUUAACCUGAUAUGUUAUGAUGAGCUAUAGUUGCAGACGUGUAUGUACCUUAAAAUUAUUUCCCACUCUUGCAAUGUUCAAGAUUAUUCUGGAACCUGGAAAAGUUGUAUUUUGGAUUAUAACUCCCAGAAUCUCCAAUUGGCUGCAAUGACUGGGGGAUUCUAAGAGUUGUAUCCAAAAAGUACCUUUUGGCAUAAGUUGAUGACUUAUUACAUUGCAUAGAUGUGUCGUAAACCAAUUCAACAGAGUGAAUCAUCGCCUCUAAGCUAGGAAUAGGCAUUAUUGGCAUUAUAGGCAAAUGUGGUGUUGCAGAGUUGUACGAAGCUGUUGUGUGGUACAGGGAAGGAAACUGGAUUAAUGUUUAAUAGGAUAUACUUUCUCUUUGGUAGGCUGGGAACGCAUUUGUAAUUCUUAUAUGCUAGCACACAUUCUUAAUCAUAAUGUUUUAUUAAAUACUUUAGAAUUACCAAAGACAUUUGUUUCCUAGAUAAGAUCUUCACAUCCUGUAGUUUGGGUUAUGUUCCUUCCACUCACUGCAGAUAGGCAGGAAAGAAAAAAGAGACCUACUGGUGACCCAAUGUAGGUGGAGCUAACCCCAGAAAGCCAGUCUUAUCCUGCCUCUCAUUCCAGUAGGAUGCGUUUGCUGUUGCUCUGCACCAUCUUUGCUACAGCCGCUCCAGUCCUUUUCUUUCUCUCGUUUCUCUUGCGGCCUUGGAAGCAUGAAGAAAGAUUUAAUAUGGCAAGGGCUCCCAGGAUGCUGAGAUGUGGUGGAAGGAGGCGGAGUACUCAUCCUCUGGCAUGUACAGUCACCAUCUUGGCCACAUGGCUGUAAAGGAAGCUGGACAGGGCCCAACAGGGGCUGAAGGAAAGGCUUUGGCUUACAACUCUUAAAAUGGUCUUCUUUUUCCCACAAGGAAAGCAGGAAAUGGCAUCAUUUCCAGAAGGAGCAUGGCCUCUGCCACCCACUUUUCUGAGAAGACAUAUGGGCAUAAACCCGCCCUUCGACACGCAGGGGAUCUGAGCCUGGGGCCCUGCUGGCACACAGCCAGCUAAAAGUUACUUUAACUGACUCUGUAGCUAUUCAGCCAAACCCAUAUCUUACUAUUAGGGUGAGCUCUACCCUUCUCAGAGUGCAGAAUCUAGUACUCCCAGCCUUCUCCUUCAUCUAUCCCAGGAAUCGGGAAGAAUAUAAAUCACACCUGGAGAGCCACCUAUAGAAGACAAAUAGGUUUUGUUCCUCUGAUGCCCCAUUUUGUCUCCUUUCAGCCUUAUUCCAAGGGCAAGAAUCAACCUCCAUGCCUAGCAAGUGGAUCAGGCCCUACAUUACUACCUGCCAUGAAUCCUUGGGAGGUAACCACUAGAAACCAAGUCACCUGUACCAAAGAGCGCGGGUGCAUUAACACCUCUAGCCAUCAUAGGUCCUGUAGCAGAGACCAGCAGAGUGGCCACGUGGAAGCCACCAUGCGCUCUUGUUAGCCAUCACUAGCUUGAUAGCUUGGUUCAACUGUGCAGAGUCUUGCAGCAGAUGCUCCAACUUAGGUCACUGAGGGCCCAGCACCACCCACCCUAAUUAGAUUAGCUUUGGUAAACCCAAACUAUAGGAUGUGGGGAUCUUAUCUACUGGAAAAAGGAAUAUUUCCUCAUACCUGUAAUAUGUCCAUUUCUAGUAGAUAAGAAUCCCGCAUCCUGGCCCACCCUAAGGGGUGCUGGUGUAGAGGUGGUUCGUAAUGCACACAGUUCUGCUCUAUGGGGAGCAGGUUAGAUUGCUCACUGUCUGUCUAGCUCCUUAUAGUCUGAUAUGCAAAUAAAUAGUUUUGUUUUUUUCUGGAGCAUUCAUCUGUUGUAGCGACUGGCCUUCUGGGGUUAGCUGCACCCACGUGGGGUCACCAGAAGGUCUCUUUUUUCUUUCCUGCCUAUCUGGAAUGAGCAAGAGGAGCAUAACCCAAACUACAGGAUGUGGGGCUCUUGUCUACUGGAAAUGGACAUAUCACAGGUGAAAAAUUUUGCUGUUAUUUACCUUGUGGAUAUCACAGAAGUGCCAGACUUCAACAAGAUGUACGAAUUGUAUGAUCCCUGCACCGUCAUGUUCUUCUUCAGAAACAAACACAUAAUGAUUGAUUUAGGUACAGGGAACAACAAUAAAAUUAACUGGGCGAUGGAAGACAAGCAAGAGAUGAUUGACAUAAUUGAAACAGUUUACAGAGGAGCACGUAAAGGUAGAGGUCUCGUCGUGUCACCCAAAGACUACUCAACCAAAUACAGAUACUGAUAUUUAAGCUGCUUUCUCCACAUCUGUCUUUUUUGUUGAAAAUCCAUAAAUGAAAUUUUGUAUAAUUUUUGUUUUUGCUUACAUCUGGUUGUCAAGAUAUUUUGAACUUAUGUAAAUAUGUUAUCUGAUUUCAUGGGGAAAUGCUAAUAGCUACUGGAUUUUAGAAGUAAAGUUGUUUUUUCUUUAAGGA